AUGUACUAUAUUGGAUGCUCUGGCACAGGAAUCUACAGCUCACAGCUGAGUACUUGGUACGGAUUUAAGAGUGAUGGUAUAAACAAAGUUAGUGGGAGAUACGAGCUGCUAGCCUCGCAAAAUGCCUUAAAUGGAAUCGAGCAUAUAGCUAGUAAGACAUAUAUAGUAUUAGUUUAG